AUGGAGAAUACGGACCUUAUUGUUCGGGUGUAUCCCGUUUUGCAAGUAAGGAACUUCGCUUUGGAGGCGAUCAAGGCGAGCUCACGCUACGUUGAUCCUGCUCAAUACGGAAACGUUGACGACGUCAAAUAUGGGCGCCAAGGUCGAGCCACGACGGAACCGCCAGAAGAGAGCAACGUACCAGCGCACCUGGACAUGCCCCGCCUCGAAAUUAAUUUCAGCGACAUACCACGAACCAGUCAUGGAAUUGUCUUCGGAUGCGAUCCGGACAGCGAUGUUGUUCUUCCUAAUCUCAAGGGCAUCAGCAACCAUCACUUCAGUCUGACCUUUGAUGAUGCCAAUAGGCUCAUUGUCAGAGACUGGGGCUCUUUAUUAGGGACCGAGGUUACAUACGAUGCACAAGGGCAUGGCAAGCGAAGCAAUUUCCGAUGGAUCGUCGGCGGGGAUCCCAAUCCUGACGAGAAAACAAGCAUCCGUAUCACAGUACACGACACCGUUGAGUUCCAGAUCGUCGCCGCUCACCACGAUCUAACCUCUCCAGAUUACAUCGCCAAGGUGAACUGGUUCCGCCAAGGCACGACCUCAACGGAAGACCUCUUCCGGGACCUCGGCGUUCCGCAGCGACCGGACACGGAGUUGCCUACCGGAGCCCAUACACCUGGCAGGGGAGAGAUCUACCUGCGGAAGGAGAUUGGUGAAGGGUCCUAUGGUGUUGUGACACAUUUCUGGAACGUCAGCAAUGGCAGCGAGUACGCUCUGAAGGAGCCUACUGCAAGGGCUCUUCGAAAGGGACAGGUCAAUUACAAUGGGUGGCGCAAGGAGGCUCGCAUCAUGGGCCAGAUAUCGCAUCCCCACGUCGUCCGGCUUCUCCAGGCGAUUUUCAACCCGCAUCCGCAAUUAAUCCUGGCGUAUGCCCCCGGCGGGUCAUUGGAGGACCAGGAGUUUAUAACAGCCGAUGAAACGAUUUCGAUACUGCAGCAGUGCUUGUCAGCCCUCACAUACCUCCACGAGAGCGAGCCACCAAUCGUGCAUAGAGACAUCAAACCUGGCAACAUUCUCCUCCAGCAUCGAUACCCAGGGAGCAUCUACGUCAUGUUUGCGGACUUCGGCCUAGCUCGGGAUAGCUCUGAGCUGUCGACAUUCUGCGGCUCAGCACUGUACCUUGCACCCGAGGUCGGCGGCGCAGAUGACUACUUGACCUGA